AGUGGUGUAUGUUCACAGCCAACACAUAAGUCCAUGCAGGAGCAAUACCUGUGACAGCGGUGCUUACUUGACUGCUAGAUUACACACUCAGUAGUCCAUGAAUGCCUGUGAUGACUGGCCUGUAGUCUCCUGUACAGUCCAGGAGUGGAAGAGUCAGGUGCUAUAAUAUAGCUAGCACUGGUCCCAUGUGCUUUGUGUGAGUGGACGGCUCUGUGGAUGGUUACAUAGACAGCAUGGGGAUCUCUCGCUGCGGAGGAGGAGUUGUGUCACUUGGCUGAUUCUCCUGCUGAUUUACAUCUUCAGUGAUGUUACAUCAGGACUACCGGUACAGACAUGCUCCUCAGGGACAGAGACCAGCUCCACUCCAAUCCUGCUGGAUGUGUCUAACACACAGAUCAACACUGAGGGAGGGAUGUGUUCCUGUAGACUGACUGUGACACAGACAACACAGGUGGAUAUGUUUGCUUUCGGCUGGACACCACAGUGUGAUACAUACAUGACUAUACCAAAGCAAAGUGGAGGACAAGUACACAGUGUACAAAUGGUGUUGUUCAAACUCCACCUGCACAGACUCACACCCGUCACUACCGGUGAGGAGAUAUGGAUCCUGGUGGUGGCUACAAAACCUGGAGCCAGAGGACUGUCAGGACAGCUGCAGUUUAAGGUGAAGCAGCCAUCAGCCCAGCUUACCAUUGAGUGUUUUGAGCCAAACACCAACAGUUCUACAACAACUCCCACAACAGCAUCACCUACAACAACACCAGUACCAACAACAACAACAGUUCCAACAACCACAGUAACAAGCAUGAUGACAGCAUCAACAAGGUCAACAACAAGUACAGAAAAACAUUCUGUCACAAGUCCAACAGACAGCACACCUCAAGUACAGACCACUUCUGGUGCUGCCACAGGAGACACUUCUACUAGUUCAUCAGCUGAAGUUACUUCUGGGUCAGCUGCAACACCAGCAGGAACUACUCAAGCUUCUUCUCCUACUCAAGGUGCCAUUACAGACAAUAAGGGCUUCCCAGUGGCUGCAGUAGCAGGUGGUAUUGGAGGAGGUCUGAUUCUCAUCCUCAUCAUCAUCAUAGCUGUCACUUGCUACAGGAGAAAACAGGAUAAUGAUCCAAGGAUUCUGGAAGACAUCCCAAGUACAAACAAACAACACAGUGGCUAUGUGAACCAUUCCUAUGAAAAUGAGGAACCUGUAACCCAAGGAAAUGUUCUCUACCAUUCUUGCGGAGCAUAUGACAAGCAGCCUGAAGAACAGGCACUUGGUAAGGAAGAAGACAACAUCCAGAAACAAGAAUCAUCCCCUGUCUCAGGAGCUCCCCCAGGUGAAGGUGGUGAUGGGAUGAAACAUCCAGGUGCUGAUGCUGAUCCAGGACCUGCCCUAGUGUCCAGUGAUGUCUCUGACAUGUAUGCAGCUGUGGAUGAAGUUCAGGCUGGAAAUCCUGUGCUAGUUGACAAUGACAUGUAUGCUACUGCUGAUGGAAUUGCCCAAGAACAACCAUCAGGGUUAAAUAGCACUCUUGGCCUGUAUGCAGUUGUGAAUUAUCCUGAUGAACCAGCUGCAGCAACAGAAGAACCCAAAUCACAGGAUGGUAUUGUUAGUCCAUCAGGAGAUAUCUAUGCUGUUGUGGACAAGUCGAAGCCUGGAGAACAACCUACAGAAACAGAUGAACCUGGUUCACAGGAAGGCAUUGUCAGUCCAUCUGGGGACAUCUAUGCUGUUGUAAAUAAGUCAAAGUCGGUUGAUGAUUCUGCAACUGAUGAUGUGUAUGCUGUUGUAGACAAAUCCAGAAAACAUGGAUCCAUGGAUCAAGAUGGUUCUGGUCAGGAAGGCGAUUUAUCAACUGAUGACCAGGAAGCAGCUCUCAGCAUGAUGAACUCUGCAUUAGAGGAAGGGCUGGAUGAUACUGCACCACCAGCAUCUCCAACAAUCCAGUCUACUGACCUCUAGGGACUGACAUGUGCUCCUAAUAUACUCUGAUAUGUGCUUUUGUGCUCAAACAUGAAGUAGCUGUUUCCAGGAUUAGUUCAGGCAACUUUUGAGUACACUUUAUGAAAUCAGUCAAGUUGGUUGUGCUUGAAAUGAAGACAUUUUAUUUUGGUUUAAAAGGGAUACUAUUAGCAAUGUCAAAAUAUACAUGAAGCUUUGUUGAUCUGAAAAUGUGUAAUACUGUGACUUAGAGAAGGGGUCAGUCGGCCCUGUUGUAUGCCAUGAUGCAACUUACUGUUAAGAGUUGUGUCCCCUUGCUGCCUGUAUUUUCUGGUUGUGGGUCCAAAAUUGUUAACUUCUCCAUUCAUAGGCUUUUAUCUGUUUGCAGUAUAUUUAUUACAUGUUUCACCAAAGUAGUAUACAUUGUAUGUCCACAUCAUUGUGAACUUCACAUAAACUGAUACACACCACUGUGACAGUGUUUCCAUCUCACUCAUGCACAUUGCCCAACAUUUAUAUCUGAAUGGUCACCUCUGCUUGUUAUCUUACAAAUUAGACAAAUCAUUGUAGAGGCACAAGAAAUACUUGGUUUAAAAAGGUAGACACAUAUCUACUUGAUCAGGUACAAAAUAUCUAGGCAUAUUUUCUGAUCUUGUUUAAAAAGUUCACCUUGGCAAUCUGUUAUAAAUAUUAAAUACAGUCAAAAGCCAUUGUGUUGAAGUUGAAGGGGCCUCCAUAAAUACUUCAAGCUAUCCAGUGUCGACAUAACCACAAUAUGAUGACUAAAUUAGGAUAUACACUGGCCAAGCUGUUAGAUCGACAGUUGACAAGUGAUAAAUGACACUGUCCCAGUUCCAUGGCGUGACCACAGGUCUGAUAAAUGAAAACUCAGUAAGAGCUGUAAACAUAACAGGAAGAAAAAAACAUUGACAGACAGGAGAUCAUGUUACACCAAACAAUGAAAAAUAUAUAUAUACCACAGCUUACAAGAAAGAAAACACCAGGGAAAAAUAAAUGUAUUUUUUUCACAAUGUGCAGAAUAUUCAUCAAUAAAUUCAGAUCAUAACCAACAAUAGGCAAAAGGGACUGUCAUGAGAAGAAUAACUGCCAUUUACAUAAAAUAAUUUAAAAACACAAAAUGAACUUGCAGUUUUAAGUAAUAGGCAAGAAGAAUAAAGCAAAAUUUCCAAUAAAAGAGAUGCAUUUAAACUGAUGAAUAAUAUCCCUUUAUGCUUGCCAUGUGAUAAUGUUGUGAUAUCCUAUACCAGAUGUGGGAAAGAUCCGGGUGAUACACAUGAGAUAUAUAGGUUCAGCUCCUGCCACAAGGUAAUUACCCUGGAUAUGCUUGACAGGAGACAAUAGUUAAUGGUGUGAACACCAGGAACAUUAUAGAUGCAGCCUGUGACAUUCAGAUGAUGAUCUAUGUUUCUACAACAGGAACUAGGACAUAUGAAUUGAUCAUGGUUGGAACAGUGUAUGGGUCGACUAACACUUUGUUUCUGAAAAUAUAUCAUUUUGACAGACACAAAUUACUCUGUUUAAAUUUAAAUGGAGGGCAUGGUUUAAAGGGCUGGGAAGUAUCUAGACCUGCUUCAUUUAGGACUUUUGGGCAAGAAAAUGAUAUGGUUCACAGACUGUAAGACAGACUUUUGUACAAGGUACAGUAUGUCGUCACAGGGUCUGGAGACAUAUAAUGGAGGUUCAAAAUUGGCUUGUUUAUAUUAUGAACUAUGUC